AUGGGUCGCAAGGGCUUGUCUGCUGAAGAAAAGCGCAAGCGCAUGAUGGAGUUUUUCUAUGAGACGGAGGAUGUUUGGCAACUCAAGGAGGUGGAGAAGAUUUGUGCCAAGGAGAAAGGCAUCACCUCCAUGGCAAUCAAGGAUGUGCUGCAAAGCCUGGUCGACGAUAACAUGGUUCACGUCGAGAAGAUUGGCACCUCCAACUACUACUGGGCUUUUCCAAGUGAAGGGGCCGCAAUCCGUGGUAACAAAAAAGACGACUACAACAAGAAGAUCCAAGAGCUACACCGGCGCGAAGCUGCCGCCAAAGAGGGACUCGAGGCUGCCCGCGUUGGUCGCGAACCAACUGAGAAGCGUGCAAAAAUCAUGAAGGAGAUUGAAGAUGCCAAGGCCACUCUGGUCAACAUCGACACUGAGCUGCAAUCCUUCCGAGACUGUGAUCCCGAGCUUCUCAAGGAUCGCGGUGUGUAG